AUGAAGGGAUUCUUGGGCGCAUGGACGUUGCUGAUCAAGUCGAUCGCACUACCGCUGGCCAUUGCAUCUGGUCUGUCCGUGGGAAAAGAGGGUCCAAGCGUGCAUUUCGCUGUGUGCACGGGGAAUGUCAUAUCGCGGUUCUUCAGCAAAUACAAGCAGAAUGCAUCCAAGACGAGGGAGGUCUUGACGGCAACAGCAGCGGCCGGAGUGGCAGUCGCAUUUGGCAGUCCCAUUGGCGGGGUGCUGUUCUCUCUCGAGGAAGUGGCAUCUUACUUUCCCCUUAAGACUCUAUGGCGCAGUUAUUUCUGUGCCUUGGUUGCGACUGGUGUGCUAGCGGUCAUGAAUCCAUUCCGGACAGGGCAACUAGUCAUGUUCCAAGUGCAAUAUGACCGUACCUGGCACUUCUUUGAGCUGAUAUUCUUCGUCUUAAUCGGUGUCUUUGGUGGCUUAUACGGCGCCUUUGUGAUCAAGUGGAACCUUCGGGUGCAAGCGUUCAGGAAGAAGUACCUGUCGCAGCACGCCGUCAUGGAAUCAGUUGUCCUUGCCCUCAUCACGGCCAUUCUGUGCUAUCCGAAUAUGUUCCUGAAGAUCAACAUGACGGAGAUGAUGGAGAUCCUGUUCCGGGAAUGCGAGGGAGGGCACGACUAUAACGGCCUAUGCGAGGCUAAGAACCGCUGGUCUAUAGUCAUGUCGCUUGCCGUAGCUACCAUUCUUCGCAUCUUCCUGGUCAUUAUAUCAUAUGGCUGCAAGGUCCCAGCUGGUAUUUUCGUGCCGUCAAUGGCCAUCGGAGCGUCCUUUGGUCGGUUCGUCGGUAUCCUCGUCCAGGCGCUGCACGAAGCGUAUCCGAAGUCGCAAUUCUUUGCGUCCUGUGAGCCAGACAUUCCAUGCAUCACACCAGGAACGUAUGCUUUCCUGGGGGCGGGCGCGGCUCUCAGUGGUAUCAUGCAUUUGACGAUCUCCGUGACGGUCAUCAUGUUCGAGUUGACAGGUGCCCUGAAUUACAUCCUUCCAACGAUGAUCGUCGUCGGCGUCACCAAAGCCGUCAGCGACUGCUUCGGAAAGGGCGGCAUCGCCGACCGCAUGAUCUGGUCCAACGGCUUUCCAUUCCUCGACAACAAAGAAGACCACGUAUUCAACGUGCCCGUCUCCCAAGCCAUGACAUCCGACCCAGUCUCACUGCCCGCAUCGGACUUUCCCGUCCGCGAAGCCGAGCACCUACUAAGCGACAACAAAUACCAAGGCUUCCCCAUCGUCGACGACCGGACCCGAAAGACACUCGUCGGAUACAUCGGCCGCACCGAGCUGCGAUACGCAAUUAACCGUGCCAAAGCCGAGGGGCCGCUAUCGCCCACAGCCAAGUGCCUCUUCACUAAAGAAGCAGCCGAAGCAUCGGUAACACGCAGGGCAUCGACAGCAUCGCAUCUCCACGCACCGGAGACAUUCGAUGACAUCCAAACGAACACGGGGGCCGACUACGUCGACUUUAGCCGAUACGCGGACCACACGCCGCUGACAGUACACCCCCGUCUCGCCCUCGAGACGGUAAUGGAGAUCUUCAAGAAGAUGGGACCGCGCGUCAUUCUGGUCGAGCAUCGCGGUCGUCUGAUGGGACUUGUCACCGUCAAGGAUUGCCUGAAGUACCAGUUCAAGGUCGAAGCCGAGGAACAGGCGCUCGCGGCGACCAGUCCACCCCAACUAGCUCUGGGGGGAAGUAACGGCCGAAGCAGUGGUGACACAUUAGAGGAACGGCUGUGGAACCUCCUCCAGCGCAUCGGGUCUAUACUGCCGUGGCAGCACACCCAACCACAGCAACAACAACAACCACCUCGACGACGAGACACCACAGUCCCCGAGCAGCACAGAGAUGCGACGGAUAUCGCUCCCAACGAAGCAGACGAGACAGACGCCAUGCUGGAAUUAGAAGAGCGUUAA